AAAGGACCCGAGGCCCCUCCUCCCCUCCCCUUUCCUCCCCGCGGCGAGCGAGGGACGCUGGAACGUUGGCGUCGCCAUGGCAACACGACGCUUUCUCUCCCCCCCCCUCCCCGCACGGCGACGGUGUGGCUGCCCUGGCGGAAGGAAGAGCCCCUCUCGCGCCCCGGAGGAUGCCGCUCAAGGUGGUGGUGGAGCUUCAGAUCCAUGCGGUCUCUUGUCCCGGUGUGUACUUGACGGAGAAGAAUGAUGUUUAUCUGCAUGUUUGCAUCCUGGGCCAAUGCAAGGAAACUGAGAGCCUUCGACCCAUCUUCCCUCUCUUGUUCCACGAGAAAAUGUGGUUUGAAAAGGUAUUUGAAAAAGCUACAGAUCCUGUUGCUGUUGUAGAACUGCUAGAAAGAAAUGUAACAAAGUUCCGAUUAGUCGAAGUGGUACCUUCAGGGAAAGGCGAGCUUGCAUUUUAUGAAGAGAAUACUCGAGGUUUUCUGUUUCCAGAGCCUAAACUGACUCCUGCGUAUCCCGGUGUGGACAGAGGGUUACUAAUGAAGACACGCCCUUCUUUCCCAGGCAUUGCACCAAAAUUAGAGUUUUCCACAAGGACAACUAUUACAGAACUUCCACUUCUGUCCAGAAGAUGGUAUCGUGGCAGAAAUAAGAGCAGGUUGAGAAGGGCUGUCUCAGCAUCGCCCCGGCGGAGGAGCAUUUCACCGGCACGAUGUAAGACAACAAAGAAUAAGGGCUGUAGGCGAUUCUCAAGAUCAUUCCCAUCGCGCUCUCCGUCUCCAACAAGACGUCUCCAGGAGUUUUGCAGGGAAAGCCGGCAGCAGACGCCUUCUCUGAGCUUGAGGUCUGUUAAGUUCAAGUCAGAAUCAGACCCCAGGCCGCCUUUUGUAGUUCGACAUGUAGAUUCUUCUAAAAUGUUUUCUGAGCCAUAUUGGAUUUCAAGUCAAAAUACGAGCUCGUCAAGGAAUUCCCACAAACUUCAGUUGAAACGAGCGUUAUCGUACGAUAGCUGGAAGUCUGCUUGCCCGGCAGCAAAGGUAACCAGAGAGCUGGAUAUGCAAUACAGCUUGGAUCCUGGUUCAUCAUCACUUGAAACAAGGGAGCCUAUUGAUUUUGAUUACUCUCUUUCUCUUUGCCACAAACCUUCAUCUGACUCCUCAAAGCGCUACCGAUCGCCAAGCCCAUGUGCGCGGUGGGCGUCUCCUCAACACAGGAUAUAUUCCAGCCCCAAUUCAAGCUGGGAAGAGAUUAACGAGAGAGUGAAAAACCUCCUAACUUCAGAUGAGGCCAUACAAAGACUAUCCUUUAAAGAAUGCAGCAGCCUUGGGAUAUCGACCUGAAGACCCAUUGCUGGCAAGACUUUUGUUCUAGAGCUAACUGAUGAAUGGUUUAUUUUCUGUGUGAUGUUAUGUCUAAAUUGGUUUGAAAACAACACUCUGUAUCGUAGUGCUGAUUAAAGGUUUGAUUUAUACAUUUUCAAACAAGUGCAAGGCUAUCAGCUUAUUGUGGGAUGAUGUCGUGAUCCUAUUGAUGGUGCUAUAUACCGGUACUUCUUUAAGAUUUUGGCUGCUGAAAGUAUUCUCCAUGAAAAACCUACUUGGAAUUAUGUUACCACUCAGGGCUGUGUCCUCAGUGUAAAGCUUAGUUUUAGGAAUUUGGAAGCGAAUACCAUUUUGAAUUGAAUAAAGGCGUGGGGAAAGAGUUUGGUUUCGUGCUGGUAAGAUGCACAGCAAACUUUGAAGAACCACUCUAGGAUAAAUUCAAGGUCCA